GCAAUAGUAUAAUUGAACUUUGCGAUCAAUUUUCUAGUGACGUGUUACGCAGCCAUUAGCCGACAACAUGAAUUCGAUUGUCGAUCGAUCUUUCUUCUCUUAGUAAACCCAAACAUAGAAAAUUUCUCUAGUGGGUUAAACGAAGGCUGCUCAAUGCUAGCUCAUGCCCUCUUUAUCUCUUCUACACUAGUGCCUGCUGCCUAUAUAGCUAGUGCCAUUCCACGCACGCACCUAUAUAAAUAUACCUACUAGGGUUAGGGUUAGGCAGGCACCAAACAACCAAUCCAAAACGUAUCCCCUUUUUUUGAGCUCACCAAUAAUCCUUAAUUGGAUGAUUAAGCUUUUGAAGAGACUUGCUGCUCUGAGGUUCAAUUCCACUGACACAAAGAAGAAUUAGGGUUUUUGAAGCAUGAAGAAGCGCCAAGUGGUGGUGAAACAGGACAGCUCGAGGAGGAGCUCGAGCACUUCGUCUUCCAUGGUGAGAACUGUGAGGUAUGGUGAGUGCCAGAAGAACCAUGCUGCAAAUUUAGGAGGGUAUGCUGUGGAUGGGUGCAGAGAAUUCAUGGCAAGUGGUGAGGAGGGGACAACUGAGGCUCUUACAUGCGCUGCUUGUGGCUGCCACAGGAAUUUUCACAGAAGAGAAGUGGAAACUGAGGUUGUUUGUGAGUAUUCUCCACCCAACACUUAUCGGUAGUCAUAGUAAAAUUUGAAGGGCAUUAAUGAAAUCGUGUGUAUAGGAAGAAGGGCCUUUUAAUUUCUGAAAUUAACUGAUUGUGAAUUGUUCUCUCUACUUGUAUAUCAUUGUCAACAGACAUGACUCUGAAGAGAUUAUCAAACUUUAAUUUGAUUGUUCAAUAGAAAACUGUUCGUAGGGUUUUGAACACUGUGAUGCCCCUGGCCACUAGCAGGCUGUACGUCGACAGCUAGCGGUUGUUAAUUUUGGUCCGAACAAAAACAAGUUCCUAUAUAUGUUGAUAUAUUGUGUGUACAUGUUCUUGAGAGAUAUGGCCAUGGCUUCAGUUAUAUAUUAGGCUUUAUUAAUUAGUUAAGCUUAAUCUUUUUGGUUACAUUGGGAGGAAAGAAACCCUGGGGUUUCGAUUCUGGGUGCCAAGUAUGGGGCAUG